CCUUACCCUUACCUUUAACACAUAGUGUAAGGUCCUUACGCAAACAAGGCAGGGCUAACAGGCGCAGAUUAAUUCUGUCACUACCUGAUAUUUUCUCCUCAGACAAUAAAGAAACAUGUUUUUUUCUGUCUUUCUAUUAUGGCUUUUUGCUUGGUUCAUCAUUCUAUUGUUUCGAUCCCAGAGACCAAAGAAUUUUCCUCCAGGACCUCCCAUCUUACCUGUAUUGGGGAACAUUUUAAACCUGAGCCUGGAAAACCCACUGAAGGACUUUGACAGGCUAAAUAGAUUAUAUGGAAAUGUCUACAGUAUUUACAUUGGUCCAAAACCAGCUGUGGUAAUCAACGGGCUAAAAGCAAUGAAAGAAGCCAUGGUAAUCAAAGCUGCUGAUUUCUCUGGACGACCACAGGACUUGUUUGUCAAUGAUGUUACCAAGAGGAAAGGGGUGAUUCUGGCAGACUACGGCUCAAGCUGGCGGGAACAUCGACGCUUUGCUCUGAUGACUUUGAGGAAUUUUGGUCUGGGGAAAAAGUCAAUGGAGGACAGAAUUACCGCUGAGAUUCAAUACACUAUUAAAACACUAGAGAGCAGCAUUGGUAAGACUGUGAGUCCUCAGGUAAUGUUCCAUAAUGCAGCCUCCAACAUCAUCUGCCAGGUUCUUUUUGGAACACGCUUCGAGUACGAUGAUGACAUGAUCAAAGUGAUUGUUCAGUGCUUCACUGAAAAUUCAAAGAUAGCGAAUGGAGCAUGGGCCAUGAUAUAUGAUUCCCUUCCUAUUAGCCGAAACCUUCCACUGCCAUUCAGAAAAGCCUUUAAAAAUGCAGAGAUUUGUGAAAACCAUGUUUUCCGCUUGGUGAAUGAGUUCAAGAAGACCAGAGUACCUGGGGAGCCUCGACACUUUGUUGACUGUUAUCUGGAUGAACUGGAAAAGAGAGGCGAUGAUGCUUCUUCCUUUUCAGAAGAACAGCUCAUAACGUACAGCCUAGAUCUUCAUUUUGCUGGGACUGACACUACCUCCAACACCCUGCUUACAGGAUUUCUUUACCUGAUGAACUACCCACAUGUUCAACAACGAUGUCAGCUAGAGAUAGACCAGGUCCUGGAGGGAAAAGAUCGGGUCACUUAUGAGGACAGAAACAACAUGCCUUAUGUCCAGGCUGUGAUCCAUGAAAUUCAGAGGAUUGCCAACACAGUUCCUCUCAGUGUUUUUCACUGUACAACUAAAGACACAGAGCUCAUGGGAUACUCCAUUCCCAAGGGUACAAUGAUCAUCCAGAACUUGAACUCAGUACUGAGGGAAGAAGGACAGUGGAAAUUUCCUCAUGAAUUUAACCCUGAAAACUUCUUAAAUGAACAGGGAGAGUUUGUCAAACCUGAGGCUUUCAUGCCCUUCUCUGCAGGUCCAAGGAUGUGUCUCGGAGAGGGUCUAGCUCGUAUGGAGCUUUUCCUUAUUAUGGUGACUCUGCUGAAGAAGUUUAAGUUCAUCUGGCCAGAGGAUGCAGGGGAACCAGACUUUACACCAGUUUAUGGAGUCACUUUGACACCCAAACCCUACCAUAUGAAGGUCCAACUGCGGUCAGAGCAAUGAGGAGAAACAACUUCGGAAUAAGAAGGAGAUACUUUGGGGGGG